GGAGUGGGAGCUUCUCGGCUGGAGAGCUUUGGCACAGAGAACAGUCUGGCAAUACUAAGAUAGCAUCGUUGUUUAUUUAGCAGAAGCCUUUAUCACUGGUAAGGGAAUGUACACAAUGACGUCCUGCGUAUUACUCACCCCGCGGUGCGUGCCUGAACUGCACGUAGGCAACACAACACCUGGAGCUGUUGACGUUCAGCUGCGUUAAACAGCAUUCAUUCACCACCCUGUCAAAAACGAAAUGUCCCGGUCAAGAGCACGCUCGCCUUCGAUCGCUUCCGAUUACUCAGAUAUCACAACGUCUCCCUCUGAAGCUCAGGCGGAAUGGGACGAAUCAAUGCGUCAGCUUGAGCUGCUCUGUUCGAUGAUACUGUUACCGGUGUUCGGGAAAUGGGCAGGAAGACAGGUCGCUUAUUACAUUUGGGGUUCGGUUGCACGGCGCAUAUGGCCUGCUGCACAGCUAGUAAUCAAGAGCAAAGGUGCCUUCAAUGCUGCCGGUGCUAUUAGCACAGCAACUAUUUGACGGAACACCUAACAAGCUAUUUACGAUGAUACCCGAGGCCGCAUCGCGGAUUGCCCAGCGUCAGCGGUACUCGAUACCCAGAGGUGACACAAUUGAUUUUUUUAUCCAAUGGUAUGCAUAUCGCCAUUCAGGCUGAGUAGCCCGGUCACCAUUGAGAGUCAACCGCAACCUACGUCUCAGUCAAUUGACCACCUGCUCUUCAUCAUCUGUCGCCAUCACAGUCUUCCUUUUCAUGUCUGCAGGGUGAGGAUCUGAUUGAAUCACC